GCCAUAUGGAAUCUUUUAAAUUAAUUAUGUUACAAAUUUGAAUUUCUGGAAAAUAAAAAAUCGCACAUUUUUUAACCCUUAAAGAUGUGAUUAUAAUGUUUAUGUGUAGGAUUUUUUCAAUUUUUUGCGCAAAUGUUCUGAUCGCAGCGAGUGUAAACCAUAUUUCAGGAGUAAACUGUAUUUUUAAGGAUUCCAGACAUACCUGUCUCAGCCCAAAAUUUACCUUUAUUUCUAGCAAUUCUACGUCCUUAACACCUUCCAACAAGAAUCCUCAAAUUAAAUACAAUUAUAAUAAUCAUAAAUGUGAUAAUGCAAAGUUCAAGUAUAAUAGUAAAAAUACAGGAUUUGACAUUGAACCUGAGAAUCUAACAGGUGUGAGUACCACAGAUGACUAUAAAUCAACAGCUGAAAGUCUCGAAAAAGAAAAUGUUGAUUUCAUUGACAAUCUUAGCAAUGUAACGGCAAGUACAUCACAGGUUGACAGUUCUGACAAUAAUUAUUUCGACUGGCAAUCGAUAACUGACUUAAAGAAUCCAUCCAAUUCCACAGACUCUAGCGCUUUAAAUGUUGCAAAUCCUGACAUUAAGACGGUGGUUAACAACUUGGAUGGUGAGAAGAGAAACGAUGUGGAAGAGGGUGAGAAGCCUUUGAUAACAGGUUCAGGGCUUAACAGUGAGUUGAAGGUAGAAGAUUACGAAAUUGGUGUUUCUAACGGUAGACUUAACGAAUGGCCUGUAGAGUGGGUCCCAGGCCGCAAAGUUCUCUCAUUCUUUCCAAUUCUAAUUGAUCAAUACUCAGUUAACCCUAAUCCUAUACAAAUCGGCUUUGAAGACACUAUACGUUUUAGAGGAAAACAUGUUGAAAGUACUUUCAACUCCAUUCUCGAUAAUCUUAAUGAUAAACAGAUAUUUGGGAUGUGCUUUUUGAGUCCAGAAUCAAUGCAACUGGCUCCUUUGGCAGUGUAUGCAGAGCUUAUAUCGAAGGAAACAGUGGUUGACGGUUCAGGAGAGAACCUAUUGGUGACAGGAAGAGUGCUAGGAAGAGCAUUAAUAAAUAGAGUUUUACUGGAUGAGCCAUUUAUUAAGGCUUUGGUAUCACCUUACGAAGAUGAACCAGCACUCCACGACGCUGACAAUAUUCCCAAGAUUGUUGAUGAAAUUGUUAAUUUGUACGACAGCUGCAAUACUGUGGAGGCUGAGAUUAUGGAGCUUUUGCAACAGCCUUACGCACAUCUUAGAGUCAAAAACAGAAGUAAACUCAUGGACGUCAUUGACGAUAGACUAAAUAAGUUCAAUAUUAAUAAUAAUGUAAAUCAAGGAUUCGCCCAGAUCGCAGCCUACUCAGCUUUUGAUUACCAUCUUAACGCCUCAGAGCGAUACGACGCACUUGCCAUGCAAAACACCGAGGACAGACUCAGAUUCGUAAGAGAUACACUCAAAUUCAAGGCAAAACAACUCGGAGUUGUCAAAAACUCACCCAAAGAUAGGCUUGAAGACCUGGUAAAGCAGCUCAAAAACUUCCAAAAUGACCGAGAUUCCAUGUACUCCUUCAGCGAAUCAUUAUCAGAAGCCCCAAAUAGUGAAAGUGUUGCCGCAAAUUCAAACUCACAAUAAUCGUUAAUUUUAAUUAAAUU